UCUCUCUCUCUCUCUCUCUCAACAUGGCCCCAAUUCUCCUCCUUGGUCCCCCAGAAGUUCACCUCCCCAAAAACCCAAAUUCCAGCAAUCCCCAUCAUGAAACCCUGAAAUCUGGCUACCCCCAAAACAAAACCCAAAAUACCAGUGACCCAUUCAUGGACCUCCUAAACCAAUACUCUGGGAAAGUGCUCAUGGGUCGAACUGAAAACAACUCUGCCACCUUCCUAACAACUGGGAACCCAUGCCUUGACUUCUUCUUCCACAUUGUUCCCAAUACUCCGCCUGAAAAAGUCACUCACCUUCUCUCUCUGGCUUGGAAUCAUGAUUCUCUGACUACCCUCAAACUCAUUGCUCAGCUCCAAGGAGUUCGAGGACAAGGCAAAUCAGAUCGAGAAAAUUUUUACACAGCUGCACUGUGGCUUCACCAAAACCACCCAAAAACCCUAGCCAAAAAUAUCCACUUCUUUGGGGAGUUUGGAUAUUUAAAGGACUUGCCUGAGAUCCUGUUUCUACUGAUUGAAGGACAUGAUGCUCGAAAACUAAGAAGAGAAGAGCACCAACGAAGGAAGAGUGAAUCAAAGAAGAAAUAUGCAUUUCGCUGGAUAUUCCGCCGACGGAGAAGGAUCAAAAUAUUCCCGAGUCGUAGACAGAAAACGGCAAAUCCAGUCAAGAAAUCGAACCGCCCAAGAGAAGAUCGUGUGGCUGAGGCGCUUGCGAAGGGCAGGGCUUUGAAGGCCAAAGCCAAGGAAGAGAAAGAACAGAAGCAGUUAAGACAUGCAAGAAGAGCAUUGGAGAGGUAUAAUUCUGACCCCCAAUACAGAUAUCUCCAUGAUAGGAUUUCAGAAACUUUCGCCAACUUAUUGGCCUCUGACCUAAACCAUACAAAUUCUGGUAAUACCAAAUCCCUGAGCCUCGCAGCCAAAUGGUGCCCAUCUUUGGACUCUUCGUAUGAUCGAAUAACCCUAAUUUGUGAGAGUAUCGCAAAGAGGAUCUUCCCUAAAGACUCAGACCCUGAAUACAAGCUUUUAGAGGAGAGGUAUUAUGCCUACAGGGUUCGAGAUAGGCUGAGAAAAGAUGUGCUCGUGCCUCUUCGAAAAGCCCUUCAGCUCCCCGAAAUCUAUAUGAGCACAAAUCGAUGGAGCACUCUACCUUAUGAUAGAGUAGCCUCAGUGGCCAUGAAAACCUACAAGAAGCUCUUUCGAAAGCAUGAUGCAGAGAGGUUUGAGAGCUUUCUAGGAGAAGUAAAGAGAGGGGAGAAGAAGAUAGCAGCUGGGGCUUUGCUUCCUCAUGAGAUAUUGGCUUCUGGUGAAGACCAGGUGGCUGAGCUUCAAUGGAGGAGAAUGGUUGAAGACAUGAAGAAGCACGGGAAGCUUAGCAACUGCUUAGCUGUUUGUGAUGUUUCAGGAUCCAUGACAGGUACACCGAUGGAGGUCUGUGUAGCCUUAGGGCUUCUGGUUUCAGAUCUUAGCGAAGAGCCAUGGAAGGGGAGUGUGGUAACUUUCUCAUGCAAUCCCCAAAUACACAAAAUUGAAGGGGAAACUAUCUUUGAGAGAAAAGAGUUCGUGGAAAGAAUGGAGUGGGGCUACAACACUGAUUUUCAAAAGGUUUUUGAUCUGCUUUUGAAGGUUGCAGAAAGCGGGGGGUUGGAGAGAGAGAAGAUGAUAAAGAGGUUAUUUGUUUUCAGUGAUAUGGAGUUUGAUCAGGCCUCUAUGAGGAAUUGGGAGACUGAUUAUAUGGUGAUAGAGAGGAAGUUCCGAGAGGGAGGAUAUGGGAAGCCUCCUCAGAUUGUGUUUUGGAACCUUAGGGACUCGAGCUCUAUCCCAGUUGUGAGUGGGCAAGAAGAGGUGGCACUAGUGAGUGGUUCAAAGAAUUUGCUAGAGGGGUUCAUGGAUAAUGGAGGAGAGAUAAACUCUGAGCUCAUAAUGCAGGCUUCUAUAACAGGGAAGCUUUUUGAUAAACUAGUUGUCAUAGACUGAACCAGCUUCUUCAACGUAAACAAUUAAGGAAUGACUUGAAUGAAAUGAUUUUUAUAUUUUCCUGAGAA